AAUGAAAUAGAUCUAAAAAAGAAAAAAUAAAUCCAAGUAAUAAGAAAGGAUUAAACUUGAUUCAACUUAAAUAGUAAAAUUGAUGACAGCACAAAAACAAAAAGGUUCAAAAAAUAAUAUCAGAUUCAUUGGAAUGAGCUUUAUUAAAAUACCAAUAUAUAAAUUCACACCAGAAAUUAAUCAGUUUCUCUAAAAAUACAAAAAAGAAUGUAACAUUUUUAAAUAUUUCUAAGCAACAGUAAAUUUUAUAUAAUGCAAUCUUACAUCUUUAGAAGGAUUGAAUUUUGAUUUUGAAUAAGUUAAACAUUUAAGAAUAGAUUACAACAGUUUGAAAGGAGAUUGUUUAUAAUUUAUAGCUUAAAACUUUCCUGAUUUAUAUUCUCUAAAUCUAAAGCAUAAUUAAAUAGAAAAUUUAUCAGUAUGAAUAAAAUUAAAUUUAGGAUUUAGUACAUCUUAAGCAUUUGAAAAAUUUAUAGGACUUAAAUUUAUCAUUUAAUCCUGUUAAAAGGUAAUAAGAUUAUAAAUAAACUAUUUUUAAACUUUUACCUUAAUUGUUGAACUUAGAUAAUGAAAUGGAUAUUGAUGAUUCAAUGGCAGACACAAGCGAGGAUAUGAUUGUAAUUAUUAUGUAUGUAAUAUUAGCUUUAAAGUUCAGAGAAUGAAAGUGAAAGUGAAGCAAGCUUUGAUGAAUUAGAAGAUAGUAGUGAAGAAGAUAAAAAAAAAAAAAAUGUACGAAAGAAGGUCAAGAAAUGAUUCUAAAAUUUUACAAAUUUAUUUCCC